AUGAUGAUAAUACCUUCUCCUCGCUAUACUACUCUUGAUGUGAGGAUUCAUGCUAUAUGGGAGGAAAGCAGAAAAUAUUAUGCUAGACACAGGGAGGCCAUCAAUGCUCAAAGGCAUCACCCUUGUACAGCGAAGACUAGAUGCCGAAGGACCAAUAAAUGCGACGAUGAACCAGCGAGCGACCUCCCACUCAUCACGCGAGUCGCAAAACUUUUUGAGCCACAUGACUCUGACUCUGACAACGAGACAGAGGGGAUGGAUGAGCCGCAAACACUUGCAGAGUGUCUUGCCAUCUUAAAGGAAACCAAAGACGCAUUUGUCUCGCUUGUCAAGUCACCUACUGAGUUCGUGCAGGGCGUGUUGAUGAAGUUUCUCGACACUAUUCCUGACGAUGCUGCGGAAACACGUACGAUCCAAAAAGGUGACAUCACCACUAUUCAAGACGCUAUCAAUUCUAUCGAGGAUCUACACUGCGAGGUUCAUCGAGGGCUGGAUACGAUUCUGGAGAUGUGUGGGGUUUGUGAUGAGUGGAAAGCAGGUAACGACAUCUGUCAGUCUAUGAGGUUAGUGGUAACCCAACUAGAUGACAUCUUGUGUCAUGCUAGUAUGUCGGGGGUUACAGAAGUCGCGAUAGCUUACGAGUUGGGCGAGUUGAUGUAUCAGCGAAAUGAUUAUUAG